AUGAUUAUGACUAUCGCCAGUAUCGAAUGUUUGCCCGACGAAAUGUUCGUGGAGAUCUUUCGUUAUCUUGAUGGAUAUGAUAUAUUACAAUCAUUUUUAAAUUUGAAUUAUCGUUUCCGACAAUUGCUGACAAGUUCGUCUCUUAAACUGAGAGUCAAACUUUGCGGAGAGAUUCUGUUACCGCAAAAAUACCAAAUCUAUUCACUUCAUUUAUCUUAUGAUCUGCACAUGGAUCAAUUUUUAACUUCCUAUCCAAUCGACUCAUCAUUUACUCAACUAGAAUCACUCAGUAUUCAAUUCAUCCAAACAGAUCAAGCUCUUCGCCUUCUUCAAAACUUACUUUAUUGCCCUCGUCUUCACCAACUGACUAUCCGCCUUGCAGAUGAUCAAAUUGAUCUUUACACCAUCUACUCAUCGAUAUUCCGCUUACGAGUAUUAAAUUAUCUCAAAAUUUCAUCAUUAGAAAAUGGACUGUCAUUCUUUUGGCCAUAUCAAUCACUCAAAUCAGCAAAUCUGAUUAAAUAUCUGAUCAUUGACCACCCUUGCACAGUCAAUGACAUCAUGACUAUUCUGUCGUUUACGCCUAAUCUCAGUCAUUUGACCUGUAAGAAGUCUUUAACAUGUUUGUUUACCUCUUUUCCGUUGAUCGCCACUGAUAAACUGAUAUUUUUAUCACUGAAAGAUUGUCAGAUGGACUUCGAUGAAUUCGAAACCUUUAUUCGCAAAAUCUCUUCAACCCUACAAAUAAUGAAGGUUGUUACAUUCAAUGAUUCAUCCUACCUUGAUGCAAAUCGAUGGCAACAACUCAUUUCUACGAAUAUGUUGCAAUUACGAAAGUUUUACUUCGAAUAUCAUGAAUAUUUUGAUGAUGAUUAUAAAGUGACUCCCGUACAUCACUUGGCCAAUCAGUUUACGAAUCAAUUUUGGAUCGAAAAACAGUGGAAAUUUGAGAUAAGUAUUGAUAAUUUCGAAAUUAUCUAUUCAAUUCAGCCAUACACAAAUGAAAUUUUUGAUUCAAAACUUCAACUUCGAUGGACAAAGCAUUUAGUUGAAUCAUUGAAUAAAAGCCUCAUUAGAAAACUUGAUCCAUUUUUAACUGUAUUUAAAAUUGCUCGUCUCAAUGUUGAUUGUAGUAAUAUUCCUAUAUUAAUGUUGGCCAAAUUGAUACAAAAAUUAUCAUAUCUAACAAAUUUAACAGUAUUAUGUUUACCAUCGUGUGAAGCAGAAAAUUGGUUGAACAAAAAACAUCGCAUAGUACGCUUGUCACAGAAAAAUCACAGUAUUACACAAGUUAAUUUACAUUCUAUAUCUGAUAUGCAACAAGUUCAAUUUGUUCUUUGUCUUUGUCCAUUUGUAGAAUAUUUAACAAUGAAUUGUACAGAUGGUAUCGACCUGACAUCACUUGUGAAGCUUAUUUUUCAAACUAAUCAUACAUGUAUUGAGUAUCUUAAACAAUUAUGUCUGAUUGUUCCACUCGUACGAGACGAACUCACUCAAAACUUAUGGAGAAUGGUCAAUUCCUGUCGAUGCAACUUUGCAAUUAAAUACAUAAACAAAAUAAUAUACUUUCAACGGAACUUAUAA